AUGAACGGCUUUCUGAAGCGCAGGACCCUGUACACAAUCCUGCCAACCCCCCUUCCAGAUGACCGUGCUUCAGCUUUGAACAGCUUCUACUUCACUGAUUCUCCAACUCAGGACCAGCUUGCUGUCAUGGAUGCAUGUUUGCAUAACCUGUAUGACGUUCCCCGUGCAAAGCAGAUCUUCGAGCAGCUUAGAACCACCAAGUCCCACGAACCCUUGCUCGAGUCUCGCAUAUACAAUUCUUUCUUGGAGGCCUAUAUCCACAUGGCAUUUGUCAAGGAGCCCGAAGAUAGAACUUUGUGGGUUGAGGAUGCGUGUCACCUUUACGACCUCAUGGAAAAGGGUACAGAUAGAGUCCACCCGACCGCGUCUACAUAUGCUAUAAUGUUGUUAGCAUGGAGACGGUACGCUUCAUUAGUCUCCUUGCCUUAUUACUCUAACCACUUUUUCUAG